AUGGAACUUAUGGAUGGUACUUACAAUACUUGGAAAAUGUCUCGCUAUGCCUUCUUCACUAUGGCUUUCUGCAUCUCGUUCUGCUGGUAUUGGUUCCCAGACUUCAUCUUCCCGGCGCUUAGCUAUUUCAGCUUUCCGUGUUGGAUUAAGCCUGAGAGCAAAGUAGUCAAUCAGAUCUUCGGGAUGAAUUCCGGAAUGGGACUGUUACCGAUUACGCUUGAUUGGAGCCAAAUAUCUUACAUCGGGUCCCCCUUGCUCAUUCCCUCGUGGGCAGUUCUCAACGUCUUCAUUUCCCUGGUGUUCUGGAUUUGGAUUGUGGCCGUUGCUCUUUACUAUACCAAUGUGUGGAACACGGGCUACCUACCUUUUCAAAGCUCUCAAGUAUUCGACAAUACUGGAAAUACUUACAAAGUCAAAAAGAUUGUCAAUGCGGCUUCAGACUACAAGCUCGAUGUUAAGAAGUGCCUUGCUUACUCACCGGUAUAUAUGCCAGUUACCUACGCGUUGAACAUGUUCGGGCUAUCAUUUGCGACCCUGAGCGCCCUUCUUGUUUGGGUUAUCCUUGAAAGACGUCAUGUCAUGGCCGAUGCAGCCAAAAGGGUGCCUCGGCUGGUCCCGGUCGCUCCAGAGACCUUGUUCAUGUCGCUGUUCGCCGUUGAGUGGUGGAACGUUGAACUGAGAUGGUACGGUGUUUUGCUGGCGUGUGUUGUGGCACUGGUGUUCUAUCCUGCGUUGGCUUUGGUGUAUGCCACUUCUAACCUCAAGAUCAAUAUCGAUAUUUUCUGCCGUAUCGUGGCCGGUUUCAUCUUUGAGGGCAAGGUCCUGGCCAACAUCUUGUUCUUUGACAUCGGAUACAUCACGACCAUCAAGGGUCUCUACUUUGCCCAGGAUAUGAAACUGGCUUACUAUUGUCAUAUCCCUCAACGAAAAUUGUUCUUGGUUCAAUGUGUUGGAAUGCUUGUCGGCACGCUCUCCUCACUCGGUGUCCUCAACUGGGCCAUGAAUCACAUCACUGGCAUCUGCACUAGCGCUGCUGUCAAUGGUUUCAGUUGUCCUUACAGCAGCACCCACUUCAAUACUUCUUUAAUCUGGGGUGCAGUGGGCCCUCGUCGCUAUUUCUUGAACCAAAUUGGCUAUUCUGCUUUGCUUUAUUUCUUCAUCGCCGGAGCCAUCUUACCCAUUCCCGUCUAUUAUAUGACCUGCCGAUACCCCAAGUCGCUGUGGAGGAGGGUCCAUGUUCCCCUGUUCCUCGGAGGGCUGAAUUACCUGCCCCCUGCGACCGGCAUGAAUUACGGAAGUUGGGCACUUAUCGGGCUCACCUUUGGCUGGCUCGUUCGAAAGCGUUUGCAUAGCUGGUGGAGCAAGUACAACUUUGUGCUGAGCUCUGCCAUGGACUCAUCUGUGGGAAUUGCUGGUGCGAUGAUUUUCUUGACAGUUUAUUUCACCGGAGCCAGCAAACAUUUCAACUAG